UUCAAAAAUCUUAAGCGGCCUUGGCCCCCCUAACCGUGCAUACCAUCCGCCCCUAUUUAUCAUGUGAUGAUGCCGAAUAUAUUUAUCGGUAUUGCCCAAAUCAUAAAACACAGUAAAAUGCAAGUUAAAACUUGAAACAGCAGCGUGGGCAAAGUUACCUCGGGACCAUGGUGGACAGGUUCUUCCUGACGAGGCAAAGGGAAGUGCACCAGCAAGAACCUGACUCAAUUACUCUUCUCUCGGGGCCCCCCACCUGUGGGAAGACAUCGUUGCUAUUCCAGUUUGCAAUCAACUCCGCAUUAGAGUGCAGCUCUAGCAAUCGUAAAGUGGUUUUCAUAUGUAACCGGCGAAGGCUAGAAACCAAACCCCCGUACCUUUCCCAGGGCAUUGAUCCAUCUUCUGAUAUCUUUCAGGGGAUAAAAAUGAAAUAUGUUGAUGAUGAGGAUGGAAUCAAGAAGUACUUUGCUGCAUUUCACCUUAAUGAUACGUUUCCAGCUGCAGUUAUCGUUGAUGAUUUUGGAGAUUUCUUCGAUGAAAGGUAUUUUAAUUAUCUCAUUUUCAAGCAACCCAUUUUUAAUCUCAUUUCAAUCAUUACAAAUAUGAAAAUUAGGAGCUGUCAAGAGAGAUAUGGUAAUACUCGUGGAAGAGAUUUGGCAAUGGUUCGGACUCUAGCUUUGUGUCACAAUGCAACAAUCCAUGCUAAUAAAAAAGGGUCUUGCAAGCUCUUAUUAUCUGAUACGCACCAUGGGGACUCUCCAAGGUUGCUUUUUAUCUACAAGAGGUGGAUUCCGACCAUUUUUACGGUCAAGGGAGAUGGUUCCGGAUCGUUUCUUUUGAAAUAUAACAACUAUUCAGGAAAUGGCAGCUCUAAGAGCACAAAAAUAGCAAAGUACUCCAUAGCGUUUCAGUAUUUGUUAUUGGAGGGGAUCACUGAGGAUGGUGAUGAACAGUAAUAUUACCAAACUUCAUUAUGUUGAGAUCUAAAACACUUCGAUUUUGUAGCUCUUUGGUGGAACCGUGCAAGUUCCUUGCAGGGAUCAUUGAUGACCGAUGAUGGUGAAUGGUGAUUUUGUUUGUUGGGUUGAUUCCUUUCACUAGAAUUUGGUACCCUACUGAUCUGUCUAUGCUCGAUGAAAUCUGCAAAUUAAUUUUAUUGAUAAA